AGACCUAGCCCAGCAAGGGCUCCCUCUGGCGACGGUAACUUGACACUUGGAUCUCCAGGGGAACAGCAACAGAAAAGCAAGGCUGGGGCGGCAGCUGGCUGUCAGCAGCGAACGAGCCCGGGCAGCAGUGGAGCAAGUGCCCACGGAGGAAGUGCAAGGUGGGGAACCUGGCCAGGGAGAGGAUACUCCUGCUCAGCUUCCUAGUACCUGAGCUCCCAGCCCAGCAGGCAGCCCUGGUCGGAGCCCAGUGAGACAUGGCAGCUGACAGCUUCGUGCAGGAGAUGCACUCAGUGGGGGAGCGGCUGCUGGCCAAGCUGCAGAGGCUGCCCGAGGCCGACACUGUGGAGCUUGUGGCCUUCUCCAUCAUUGUCAUUUUCACAGGCACCAUCCUGCUGCUGCUGCUGCUGGCCUGCAGCUACUGCUGUGUGCACUGCUGCCGCCCUGAGCGGAGAGGCAGGAGGGUGCAGGUGCAGCCUGUGACGCGUUGAGGAAACUGUGGAGGACCGGCUAGAGCCAUGACCGACGUCAGCCUGGCCCUCUGGACGUCACCCUUCUAGACAAGGACCCCCUGGCCCCAGCUUGGCUCUGCCCUGGUGCCUGGACACUGACAACAGAGUCUUCACAAGGAAGACACAGGCAGGUGCAGGCCUGAAACUAAACUGAACAAACCACAUGGGGUCUUGCGCCUCCCUGUGCUUUUUAACAAAGCAAAGCCGCAGUGGUCCCCAUACCUUGGGGAGCAACCUUCGGGGCUCAGCCGAUCCAUACGGAGGAGGGA